AUGACGGUUCACCAGCCAAGCCCUCCUCUGGACGCUUUAUCCCCAUCAGAAGGCAAUGCCCGCAAAAGAGUGUGCAAGGCCUGUGAUCGGUGUCGAUUGAAAAAGUCGAAGUGUGAUGGAGCAAAUCCAUGCGGACGAUGUAAGACGGAUAAUGCGAUCUGUGUAUUUGGUGAGCGGAAAAAGGCCCAUGAUAAAGUAUAUCCUAAAGGAUAUGUUGAAAUGCUAGAGCAACAGCAGGCACAGCUGGUUACUGGCCUCCAAGCGCUCUAUAAGAUGACUCUCGACGGGGAAGGGUGGCCAGGCGACCCGCUCAAGGAGUCGGCAAACGGACAUCCCCUUACGCACGACAUUCUAGAACGAUUAGGAGCGCUUAAGCAGGAGGGUCACUCAAGUGACGAGCCAUUCGAAGAUGAUCUACAAUUGGCGCAGAAGAAAUUGAUUGCGAAUGGUGCCGGAUUCAUGCAGCGCCAGGAUUCCUCAGAUGGCUCGGAAAGUGAGCAUUCGCCAACAUUUCCCUCGAGGCAGUCCUUGUUCGACCCCCCGUUUUCAAUAAAUCCCAAUCAGCUUCCACCUACCCCUCCCAGCCCACAUACUUUCCCUUCCCGAGCACAGCAGAUGCCCGAACAUAUACUAGAAGGUAUAGUUCAACAGCAGCAACACCAACACCAGUUCUUGCUACAUCACCAGCGGCAGCAGGAACAAAAUAAGGACAAUCUCCAACAACACCGCCAGCAAGUUCUGCGGCAUCAACGGCAUCAACUUUACCAAAAGCAGCAAAUGAAUGCUCAGCGGCAAAAGCAGCUCCAGAAACCAUCUAACACCCAACAAAAGCUUGCGCAGGCCCAAGCCAGCCAAUCUCAAGUUCAGAUGUUCUUCAAUACCCCCGGGUCUCAACCAUCUAUGAAUCCUAGCCUCCUCCAGCGACAGCAAGCGUGGCCUCAAGGAGGCGUUUUGGAUGAAAACAUGGAUCUCACUGUCGAUUCGCCUCUUAUAUCCUUUGACUCGGCACAACAAACCCAGGCGUAUUGUCGACCGAUUUCUCUCACCGGGGGCCUUAAUUCAUGUCUGCCCAUACAACCAGACUGGGUUGAGGACGCUGACUUCAAAGAAUUUUUAAAUCCAACUGUUGCAAUGAUAUAA